GGUCCCGCUCUAGGAAGAAACGGCGGCCGGGAGGGGGCUACCGGGACCAUGGGGCUUCUGACCAUUCUGAAGAAGAUGAAGCAGAAAGAGCGGGAGCUGCGACUGCUCAUGCUGGGCUUGGACAAUGCUGGCAAAACAACCAUCCUCAAGAAGUUCAACGGGGAGGACAUUGACACCAUCUCCCCAACACUGGGCUUCAACAUCAAGACCCUGGAGCAUCGUGGAUUCAAGCUGAACAUCUGGGAUGUGGGUGGCCAGAAGUCUCUGCGGUCCUACUGGCGGAACUACUUCGAGAGCACCGACGGCCUCAUCUGGGUGGUGGACAGUGCUGACCGCCAACGCAUGCAGGACUGUCAGCGGGAGCUUCAGAGCCUGUUGGUGGAGGAGCGCCUGGCUGGAGCGACCCUCCUCAUCUUUGCCAACAAGCAAGACCUGCCCGGAGCGCUGUCCUCUAACGCCAUCCGAGAGACCCUGGAGCUGGACUCCAUCCGCAGCCACCACUGGCGUGUUCAGGGCUGCAGCGCCUUCACUGGGGAGAACCUGCUGCCGGGCAUCGACUGGCUCCUGGAUGACAUUUCCAGCCGCAUCUUCACGACGGACUGAAGUGCUCUGGGUACCCCACCUGGCAUCCAGGACCCCCAGGGUUCACCAGGCACUGUCCACGGGGGGAUGGGAGUCCUCCACCAGUUCCACUAACACUCCCUGCCCCACUCCAUAACCUGCUGCUGCUACUGUCGCCGCCCCUGCUGCUCCAUGGCCAGCUCCUGGGCAGGAGGGCGGCCGCCCUGGCUCCUGGCCGGCUGCUGACCGGCUGCUGAGCCCUCGCAGCUGCCGGACCCUGGGGAGAGGGCGGGGCUGGGCGGGGGCUGUCUCUGCUGCUACCGAGGCUGUGGCCUUGUCCUCUGCUCAGCUGCGAGAAUAAACCGUUCCUGGCCCUCAUUUCCUGUCA